AUGAACCCCGAAUACGAUUAUCUCUUCAAGCUCCUCCUCAUCGGAGACUCCGGUGUUGGAAAGUCCUGCUUGCUGCUUCGUUUCGCUGACGACACCUACACUGAGAGUUAUAUCUCCACUAUCGGUGUAGACUUCAAAAUCCGCACCAUCGAACUCGAUGGCAAAACCGUGAAACUUCAGAUUUGGGACACUGCUGGCCAGGAACGUUUCCGCACCAUCACCUCCUCUUACUACCGUGGCGCUCACGGAAUUUGUGUGGUUUACGAUGUGACCGACAUGGACUCCUUCAACAACGUCAAGCAGUGGCUUCAGGAAAUUGACCGAUACGCCACCGAGGGUGUAAACAAAUUGCUGGUGGGCAACAAGAGCGAUAUGGAGGACAAGAAGGUCGUGGAGUACACCGUUGCGAAGGAGUUCGCUGACAGCCUCGGAAUCCCCUUCCUUGAAACCUCCGCCAAGAACGCAUCAAAUGUCGAGCAGGCUUUCUUGACCAUGGCACGUCAGAUCAAGGAGCGUAUGGGCACAGCUACCGUCAACAACAAGCCCACUGUGCAGGUUGGCCAAGGCCAAGGUGUCCAGUCCGGAUCGGCAGGCGGUUGUUGCUAA